ACCCAUACUGCCAUACAUUUGAAGUUUCAGUCGAGCUGUCGGCUGCUUGCUUUCUUGCUUUCUUAAUUCUGUGAAAUUUGCAAGCAAAAACUUGUUCGUGAUUAAGAAGUGAUUUAAAAAGUUCUGUAAACAUGUUUCAAGCAAGAACGAUAAAUGCUGAACACAAAGACCUGAUUCAUGAUGUAGCUUAUGAUUUUUAUGGGCGUCGAUUGGCUACUUGUUCCUCCGACCAGAGUGUUAAAGUUUUUGACCUGGAUGAAAAUGAUGAAUGGAGAUUGACUGCUGAUUGGAAGACUCAUGCUGGUUCUGUUUGGAAAGUAAAUUGGGCUCAUCCUGAAUUUGGUCAAAUUUUAGCCACUUGCUCAUUUGACAGAACAGCUGCAAUUUGGGAAGAAAUUGUUGGUGAAUCAGGGAAUUCAACGCAGAGUAAAAACCAAAGUCAUUGGGUGAAAAGGACAAGUUUGGUAGAUUCAAGAACCAAUGUGACUGACAUCAAAUUUGCUCCAAAACACAUGGGACUAUUGUUAGCUAUGUGUUCAGCUGAUGGAGGAGUUAGAAUAUAUGAAGCCCCAGACAUUAUGAACCUAAGUCAAUGGAGUUUGCAGCAAGAAAUAACACUGAAAAUGCCUGUGUCUUGUCUAUCAUGGAAUCCGUCAUUUUCUCGUCUCCAUCCUCCAAUGUUGGCAGUUGGUAGUGAUGACACGAAUGUCGCCUCUGGUGGAAAAGUGUUUCUGUUUGAGUACAGUGAAAGCUCCCAUCGCUGGUCUAAAGCUGAAACUAUCAACACAAUAGUCGACCCAGUGCAUGACAUAGCAUUUGCACCUAACUUGGGAAGAAGUUACCACAUUCUAGGAAUUGCAAGCAAAGAUGUUAGAAUAGUUAUUCUUAAACCACCUCAGAAAGAUGCUUAUGCAGCAGCUUGUCCAACUUCCCAGUUGGAGAUACUGCAGGCAGCCCAAUUUGAUGACCAUCAUUCUACUGUUUGGAGAAUCUCUUGGAACAUUACUGGAACUAUUCUAGCUUCUUCAGGAGAUGACGGCUGUUUAAGAAUGUGGAAAGCCAACUAUUUGCAGAAUUGGAAAUGCAUUGCCGUGUUGAAAGGUGAUGGAUCGGGUGUAAGUCCAGAAGACGGAACUGAUCGUGAUAAAACCGUUUCUGCAGCAACUGCUCGUUACUUUAAACUUGGCGCAAUCAGCAAUCCAAAUCAAGUACCCUGGCACUAACAUUUACUUCCCAAUUUUUAUGAUAAUAAUAUGUCUCUUCCAAUCCACACAAAUAACUGGGAGUUUUCAUUUCUGGAGAAACCCAUGGUCUCGAAAAUGGAAAGUUGUUCUGAAGAAAUAAAUGAAAUGAUAUGGA